AUGGCCAUUGUAACCGAUUUGCUGGGCCGCGGGCUUCGGGGCAUUUUUCUUCCAUAUGCGCCACCGUUGGUCGCCUUCAAUAUCUCGCCGUUUGCUAUUUCAAAUCUCUCGCAAACACACAAAAUCGAUAAGAGUCUGUCUGUUUACACUGGGUCGACUUGGGUCGUGAGACGGGAUGAGACGGUCCGGGCUCAUGAGGGUGUUUUUCGACUGGUCAACUUCUAUUCAAAGAUUGAGCAUUAUCUGAACCUCAUCUUCAUCUCACCAUCCUCGGUCCAGUCAAGCGAGGUCUAG